GUUUCCCACAGAGGUUUUAGGGUGUAAGCUUCAGAGAGAGGGAGGUGUUUCAGAGAGAGUUUACGCUCCACUCACGUAGAUCACGUAGAGAGACUGUCCUAGGGCUUCUCCUCUAGAGAGAGAGAGGGUUUUCCCUACUAGGGCUUCUGAUUUUCUCAGAGGGAGAAACCAUGGCUGAGCUGAAGCUCUCAGAAAGCAGAGACCUGACCCGAAUUGAGCGCAUAGGUGCCCACUCUCACAUCCGAGGACUGGGCCUCGACGCGAACCUCCAGCCUCGCGACAGCUCUCAGGGAAUGGUCGGCCAAGUCCCUGCUCGCAAGGCGGCUGGCCUCAUCCUCCAAAUGAUCAGAGAGGGCAAAAUCGCGGGUCGAGCUGUUCUUAUAGCUGGCCAGCCAGGCACUGGUAAGACCGCUAUUGCCAUGGGCUUGGCCAAAGCCUUAGGGGAAGAAACACCAUUUGCUAUGAUGGCUGGCUCUGAGCUCUUCUCUCUCGAAAUGGGGAAAACUGAGGCCCUAACGCAAGCUUUUCGUAAGGCAAUAGGAGUGAGAAUCAAGGAAGAGACUGAGAUUAUCGAGGGGGAAGUUGUUGAGUUGCAAAUUGAUAGGCCUGCCACUCAAGGGGCCGCUUUGAAGACUGGGAAAUUGGUGAUGAAGACUACAGAGAUGGAGACUGUGUAUGAUUUGGGAGCAAAAAUGAUAGAGAGUCUGGGGAGGGACAAGGUUCAGAGUGGGGAUAUAAUUGUUAUUGAUAAGGCCUCCGGGAAGAUAACGAAGCUUGGGCGGUCGUUUAAUAGGUCGAGGGAUUACGAUGCAAUGGGGCCUCAGACGAAGUUUGUGCAGUGCCCAGAUGGGGAGUUGCAGAAGAGGAAGGAGGUCGUGCAUUGCGUCACACUUCAUGAGAUUGAUGUGAUCAAUAGCAGGACGCAAGGAUUUCUUGCUCUCUUCACUGGGGACACAGGUGAGAUCCGAGCAGAGGUCAGGGAACAGAUUGACACUAAAGUGGCAGAGUGGAGAGAGGAAGGCAAAGCUGAGAUUGUGCCAGGGGUCCUCUUCAUUGAUGAAGUCCAUAUGCUUGACAUUGAGUGUUUCUCUUUCCUCAACCGGGCAUUAGAGAACGAGAUGGCCCCUAUCUUAGUGGUGGCGACAAACCGAGGCAUUACAAGAAUUCGAGGCACAAACUACAAGUCCCCACAUGGAAUCCCAAUAGACCUUCUUGAUCGACUCCUAAUCAUCUCCACCCAACCCUACACUGAAGAAGAAAUUCGAAAAAUUCUCGAUAUUAGGUGUGACGAGGAAGAUGUGGAAAUGUCGGAGGAUGCAAAGGUCCUUUUGACAAAGAUUGGGGUAGAGACUUCUCUAAGGUAUGCUAUUCAUUUGAUAACAGCUGCUUCGCUCGCUUGCCAAAAACGUAAGGGAAAGCUUGUGGAGAUGGAAGAUAUCAGUAGGGUUUACCAACUUUUCCUUGAUGUGAAGAGAUCGACCCAGUACCUAGUGGAGUAUCAGAACCAGUUCAUGUUCAAUGAGGUUCCCGGUGAGGUGGAUGGAGUUGAAACUAUGCAAGUGUAAUCUUGGGUUCUUCUUGCUUACCAUCAAUUUUCGAGAUUUCAUGUUCGAUGUUCAAUGAGGUUCCCGGUGAGGUGGAUGGAGUUGAAACUAUGCAAGUGUAAUCUUGGGUUCUUCUUGCUUACCAUCAAUUUUUGAGAUUUCAUGUCGAUGUUACGGGAGAGAAGUCAGAAAGAGAUGACCAUGCAUGCUCACAACUCGGAUUUUCCUGGUUAAUUGUGUAUUUUUGGAUUAUCAUGAUUCUACCCCCUCUGUUUUUUUCGGUUCGCGUAGUAUCAGGAAUUCUAGUUGUUCUUGUUCAUGAUGAAGUGGAGAGAGGCCACAUGAUAGAAUACGUAUUUCUCUUUUUCUUGGUAUAGUUCAUAUUUCAUAUUCUAUGUUACAAUGUUCAAUCUUAGGAAUGGGAUUGAAGUUAAGGUGCUAGCAUGACUCAGCUACCGGUCUUGGUUUCCAUUCCUACAAUGCUAACAACCCUUUUGAAAUUUGUUUACCAUGGUUGUACCUAUGCUUGGCAAAGGUGGCAUGUCAGCCUAAAAUUUGUUAACCAUGGUUGUAACUAUACUUGGCAAAGGUGGCAGGUCAGCCUAGGAAUCGCAAGUUGAGGUCGAAGCAAUUGCUCGGUAUCUACUGCAGUUUGCUCUUUCAUGCUGCGAGUUUUUUUAUUGAAUCUGUAAAUCUCUUUUCAUAAAUGCAAAAAAGAAUUACAUGUA